GCUGCCGUUGAAUUUCCGCUGCAGCUCGACUUCCGUAUGUUUGAGAAAUCAGGACCUGCACUGCAACUAUUCCUGCAUCUUGGAAAUCAGACCUAGUUUGAGGCAAUCUGUCCUAACAUACAAAUAUUUAUGUGACUCUGUGUCUGGACAAAAUCAUGGCCAUGUCUCACAAGGAGCUUAAAGAAGCAUUUGUGAGUAAUCUCAAUGGGACAAGUUUACAGGAAGUGGUCAUGGGCUCAUUUGUCACGCCGCUAUGCAUCCUCAACCGAGCGCUCAUUCUGAUCCUAUACCAUCAAGUUACGGGGAGUCUCCCUCUGCCAUUUUCAAGGAUUUCUCACUUGCUCCUUGAUUACUCUGCGCUGAUCCUUCCCCUCGUCCUGUCAUGCACCAUCCUGAGCGACCAUCUUCUCCAGGUGGUCUUGAGCUUUGCCUUUGUUUUGUUUUGUGUGCUUUGUCACAUCUAUAAUAGUAAACGUCAAACAUCUCUCAGCACCUUCCUCAACAGGACUGUUCAUUUCAAACAGAUUCCUUUUGUGACCAUCUUUAGAGUGAUGGUGAAUGUGCAAACAGCUAUCAGUAUUCUGGCUGUAGACUUUCGAGUCUUCCCAAGGCGGUAUGCUAAAACAGAAACUUAUGGAACAGGUGUUAUGGAUUUUGGUGUCGGAGCGUUCAUCUUUGCGAAUGGUCUGGUGUGCCCUGAAGCACGUGGGAAGAAUGUUUACGGAUCCAAGAUGAAACAUAUCGGCAAACAGCUCCUGUCCAUCUGGCCCCUGGUUGUUCUCGGUGCAGCGCGACUUUUUUUUGUCAAAGUGAGCGACUAUCAAGAGCAUGUGACUGAAUAUGGUGUCCAUUGGAAUUUUUUCUUCACGUUGGCCCUUGUCAGGGUUCUGACAUCCAUGGUUUUGGUUGUUGUACCAGCAAAACACUCAUGGAUCUUGGCCCUUGUCAUAAGUUGUGUCUAUCAGUUUGCUCUGGAUAUAACAGGCCUCAAGGCGUUUAUCAUGCACAACAAUGACAGAGAGAAGGACUUCCUGCACGCUAACAAGGAGGGCAUAUUUUCCCUGCCGGGUUAUGUUGCCAUCUACAUGGCAGGCGUGCAGGUAGGAUGUUACGUAAUGCAGCCAAGAUCCCGUGUCAGAGAUUGGCUCAAAGCAGUUUUUAACCUCCUAAUGGGAACUCUCACUCUAUUUGCUGCUUUGUGCAUAUGUCAGACUUUCGUGGAGCCAGUGUCUCGCCGUUUAGCGAAUCUCCCUUUCUGCCUGUGGAGUGUUGCUCAAUCACUCCUUUUUGUAUCAUGUAUUGGUUUCGUUGAUUUAAUUGUACUGUUUGCCAAAACAACAUCAGGCUGUCAAUUUGUACCAUCAUCAUGGAAUUCAUAUUCAGGCUCCCACAAAAAGAAAGAUGAGAUGGAAGGAUUGUGUCUUGUUCAAGCCAUCAACAAGAAUCAGUUGUUGUAUUUCCUGCUCUCAAAUGUCCUGACAGGAAUGACCAACACCUUGGUCAACACACUUAAUUGCACUGAUUUAUUUUCUGUCUGUGCACUGCUGUCUUACAUGUUUACAAACUGCACUGUUGUAUAUGUUUUACAUCUCUGUGGAAUUACAAUAAAAUUUUGGUAAAGAAAUCG